AUGGUGAACACGAAAGAGGAGAUCAUGAGCUGUACGACAACCCCCAGGUGCCCGGACAAGAUGCAGGUGGUAGACAAGGAUGAGGCGGAAAAGACGAGGGAGGCAGAGUGGUCCCUGCUUCCUCAUGGGGAGGUGUCCCAGAUAGAUGGGGUCACCCUAGGGAAGCAGACGUGCAGCCUCUGGAAGAAAAUCUGGGCCUUCCAAGCCAGGCCUGACGACCUGGUCAUCGCUUCCUACCCAAAAGCAGGAACCACCUGGACUCAGGAAAUCGUGGAUUUGAUACAGAAUGACGGGGACAUUGAGAAGAGCCAGAGGAGCCCCAUUCAGCUGCGACAGCCUUUCCUGGAGUGGACACGAGCUACGGCCCCUUCUUCUUCACGGGACACCCCAGCUCCCAUGUCACAGGAACCAGGCACCAGACCCAGACACGAGGUGGUCCAGGAUGUCCCCGUUGGCACGAGGGGUUUUGGUGCCUCAAUGACAGCAGGAGUUGACCAUGCAAAUGCCAUACCUUCCCCGAGGACCCUGAAAACUCACCUUCCUGUACAACUGCUGCCUCCAUCUUUCUGGGAAAAAAACUGUAAGAUGAUCUACGUGGCAAGGAACGCCAAGGACAACAUGGUGUCCUACUACCACUUUCAAAGGAUGAACAAGAGGCUCCCGGACCCAGGGAGCUGGGACGAGUACUUUGAAAUCUUCCUGGCUGGCAAAGUGCUCUGGGGGUCCUGGUAUGAGCAUGUGAAAAGCUGGUGGAAGAAGAAAGACAGCCACCCCAUCCUCUACCUUUUCUAUGAAGACAUGCUGAAAGAUCCAAAACGUGAAAUUAGAAAAGUGAUGGAAUUCCUGGGAAAGAAUCUGAAAGAAGAGGUUUUAAACAAAAUUGUCUAUCACACUUCGUUCGACGUCAUGAAAAACAAUCCCAUGACCAACUACAUAGACGACAAGCACUUGAAUCACAAGCUCUCUCCAUUCAUGAGAAAAGGAGUCAUGGGAGAUUGGAAAAAUCAGUUCACUGAAGCUCAGAACAAGAAGUUUAAUGAAGACUAUGAGAAACACAUGGCUGAUACCUCGCUGACCUUCUGCAUGGAACCAUAAGGAGCAGCCUCUGUGGAGUGGAUUGCAUGACUUGA